AAAUAGAAAAAAAAAAGAGAGAGAAACGACAAGACUUUCACUGUUAAUUUUAUUAUCAAAGAAUCGAUCACAUUUGACAACCAGAAGAAAAAAAAUUCAUCGCUCUCCAAUUAACCUUAAUCUAUUAUUAUUACUAUUGUAUAUAAAAAAUAAUAUACAUUAUACAUAUAUAUAUAUUUAUGUUUUUACAUAAAUUAAUAUUUAAACAGACGAACUGUCAUCAACAUGGAUGAUGCAGCUGCAUUACAGAGAUUAGAGCAGUUGAUGACUGAGUUUUUUUCAAAUGGUGCCACAAAUGAACGUAUACGUACAAUUGAACAAAGUUUGCAUGAAUUUACAGCACAAAUAAAUUCAUGGAGACCUUGUUUACAUUUUUUAUCAUCAACAAAUAAUCAUUAUGUCAGUAUGUUUGCAUUAUCAACACUUGAGACAACAAUUGGAAGAAGAUGGCCAAUUUUACUAUGGGAAGAUAGAGCAUUAAUUAGAUCAACACUUUAUACUUUAUCACUUGAACAUAGUGUAGCACCAUUUGUUAGAAAUAAAAUAGUUAAGUUAGUUGUUGAUAUUGCUAAACAUGACUGGCCACAUUUUUAUCCUGAUUUUUUUUCAAAUAUUUUACAGUUAUUAGGACAUAAACAAACACGGUUAUUAGGUCUGAUAUAUUUAAGAACAGCAUCUGAAGAAUUAGCAACACCUAGAGAAGAUUUACCUAUCCAACGAAAGACUGAAUUAUUACGUUUAUUAAGUUCACAAGUUUCAGUAACACUUGAAGCAUUGACAGUACUUUUGUGUGAAACAACAAAAAUGCAAAAUCGUUCAGGUACAAUGACACCACCACCGUCACCAACUGGAGGACAAAAUGUACCUCCACAGGCUGUUCUUGAUGUUGAUGGUCUUUCUAUUGGUUGCAGUGAAAUUUGUAUUGUGACAUUGGAAGUACUUGCUCAUUUAUUUAGUUGGAUUGUACCUACUGAUUAUAUUUCUAUAAAUUUACUUGAUGCCAUAUUUACAUGUGCCAAAUAUCAUGAUUCUAUGAAUGGUAAACAAAUUGAAAUGGUCAUACAAGCAAUGACAACAAUAAAUGAAUUGUUAUAUCGACCAUGUUCUCCAAGUAUAACGGAUACAUUACUUUUACAAAUAUUUAAUAAUGCUGUGACUUUAUUUCAAAUAAUGGAACGUUCAGAUUCUGUUGAUGAAAGUUAUAUUGAUAAGACGACAGAAUUUUUACAAUUAUUUGUAACAAAUCAUUUAAAGCGCGUUGAGUCAUGUCCUAAAUUUCCAAUAAAUACAUUACUUGAAGUAUUAUAUCAUCAUACAUUUAACCAAUGCACAACAAUACACGCCUAUCUCCGUAGUCUCGAAGUAUGGAACUCAUUACUUGAGUCCACUCAAUCUAAAUACGCAUCCGUAGGUCUAGCUCUUGCAGAACGUGUUCUCAAAAAAAUAAGUUUCAAGCACGAAGCCCGGAGUCUAAAAGAUUUAGAUAUUGAGACACUUGAUGAAAAUGAAGAAACAGAAUGGCAGCAUUUUCUACGCUGCAAUAUUGAAUGUUUAGCUAAAAUAGCUGAAAUAUUACCAGUUGAAAUUUUCACACUCUUAUACCGAUCAUGGCGUGCCGACUUGACAAUUUAUGGCGAGCUAGGAAUCGCACUAACAAAUAAUCACGUUAUAAUAUUAAAUGAAUCAGAAGCAACAAAAGUACACGCACAUUUACGUGAUUUAGCCUCAAUAACUCAAGCAUUAGCCCGUCUCUAUUCGUUAUUUUUAUCUGAACAGCCAACAAAUAAUAAUAAUACAACUAACGAUGACAUAAAUACAUUAAUUGAAGAAUUAAUAACUCAAACUCUUGAUGCGUGUGGAUUUGCACGUGAUAAUAAAUUGUAUCAUGCAGCAUUACAACCACCAGCAUUAGUUAUUGAUUUAAUUGAAAUUCAUUCACAAUUACUAGCAUCAUUGCAAGCGUGGUCACAUUGGAUCUGUAAACGCACAGAUAAAUUAAAAGACGAAUUAUGCCAGCGCUGUAUACAAUCUUGUAUAUGGAUAUUUAAUUUACAUAUUAAUGAUAGUAAUUCAUUACCACCGUCAAAUUUAUUACACUCAUCAGUGCAUUUAUUUCAAACAAUAACAGCAAUACUGCGUCCAAAUUUAUGGGAACAAACGGCAUUCCGUGACUUAUUAUGUAUAAAUAAUUAUCCUUAUCUUAAAUCAGAUACUAUUAAAGUAUUAAGACGUGGGCUAAUAAAUGGUAUUGUGCUAGUUAAUGGUGAUAAUGCUGUAAGACAACGUCUCUUGACAACAUUUAUUCACACAAUGUCUGAAUCACUUGGUCAGUGUGGACAAAUAAUUCCUAAUGAUAUUAAUAUAUCGACGGCUAUUAUUCCAUUGAAACAAUUACUUGAAGAUUGUUGUUCUCUAUCAAUGAAUAUUAAAAAAUUACUGUACCAAUGUUUGGAAGAUACUAUUAAUCGUGUAUUAGAAUUAUUACCGCAUUUAAUUAGAUCACAGACGACAUGUGAGAUAAUAAUGAAUUUUUUACACGCAAUGUUUUUAGUUUUACAGCAACAACUGGGUGUUGAUUUCACCCAAAAUGCUGUACAAGGAAUGUUAAAUAUUUAUACUAAUGAAAAUAUAACUGCUGGUCCGGCAUUAGAUCAGUUACUUGAAAUAUUAAUACUCGUUGUAUCAGCACCGAGUAAUGCAUUUAAAGCUUUUGUACCUUCUGUUAUUAAUUUAUGCUUGAGACAAGUUUGGCCUGCUGUUAAUAAUGAUUUAAAUAAUUAUAUAGAUACUACUUUAGUGUUACUCAAAUUAUUCAAUAGUAUUUUAUUGCAUAGAUGGCAAUAUUUUUAUAAUGUAUCAAUUGCACGUACAUUUGGUCAUAGUGAAGCUGAGGAAGUUGUUGAUAAUAAAGAAGAACUUGUUACUAUUUUAGAAGUAUUUGGACAAGCACUACUACAAUCUGAUGUUAAUAUAUUUCGUCAGAGUUUACAGAGUUUAGAGCAAUUGAAUACCAGGUGGAGAUUGUAUCAGAGAGAAAUUUUUAAAAAUCAUUUACUUGAACGGUUUUUAAUGGCAUUAUUUACCGUAUUAAUACAAAAAUCACAUAAUUUACUAGCAGAUGAAAUAGCAACAGCAAUCCAUAAUUUAGCAUCUGUAAAUAUAACAUGGUUUUUUAAUAAUUUUUUAAUGACAUUUUUGGCAAAUUGUGAGUGUCUUGAUGAUACACAGCGAUCAACUUUGCUUAAUAACUUUGAUAAGUCGACUGAUCAACCAACAUUGACAAGAUCUGUAUUACGAUUUGUAUCUGAUCUGCGAUGUUAUCAAAUGUGUCAACCAGUGUAAAUAAAAUUCCAAGAUUUUUUAAAUUUUUAUUAAUUUUUUCAUAUUUUAACUUAAUAAAUUAAUA